AUGGCUCCCCCAUCAGCAACCGCAGUCCCCGAGGAUACCGCAGGAACGGCAACCCACGAGCCAGGUGUCGCGAAGAAGGAAACUAUCACACAGCAGGCCUUCCCCACCGCGCCGACGUUCGAGGACAAAUAUAAGGAGCGGGAGUAUCAGAAGGGCCGGUUGGCGCUCGCAUUUAGGAUUUUCGCGCACUUGGGAUUUGACGAGGGUGUUGCCGGACAUAUUACUUUGAGAGACCCCGUUGAACCAACAAGUUUCUGGGUCAAUCCCUUUGGUGUUGCGUGGCCCAUUCUCAAAGCGUCAGAUCUUAUUCUCGUCAAUAAAGAUGGAAAGGUCGUUGAUGGUGGACCUUGCCGCCUUCUAAAUACCGCUGUCCACACAGCACGCCCCGAAAUAAACUGCGUUGCACACUCCCACUCAAUUUACGGCCGCUCAUUCUGCGCCCUCGGCCGCAAUCUCGACAUAAUAACCCAAGACUCCUGCUCCUUCCACAACGACAUCGCAUUAUAUUCGGCCUUCCGAGGCAUCGUCCUCGCCGAAGACGAAGGCAAGUCAAUUGCCGCGGCGUUAGGCGGGAAGAAAGCGGCGCUGUUGCAAAACCAUGGUCUUUUGACGUGCGGGAAAUCUAUUGAGGCCGCGGUGUUUUGGUUUAUGAGUUUGGAGAAGUGUUGUCAUGCGCAGUUGUUGGCUGAUGCUGCAGCUGGAGGGAGGGGAGCUGAGACUGUUAAGAUUGACGAGGAAGAUGCAGCGUAUACGUAUAAGACUGUCGGUACUGAGAUGGCGGGCUGGUUUAGUGCUAAGCCGACUUUUGACAUGAUGGAGAGGUUAGGGGGCGCAGAUUAUAAGGAGUAA